AUGCGUGACAACUACAAUCUAGUUGAGUGGGACUAUGAUUACAAGAUGGAGCCUAUUGAUAGAGUUGAUGUGGAAAUAAUCAAACUUUUGGGCUUGUGCAACUUGGAAUCCAUGCCAGCUGUUCAAAUGUGUUAUCCAAUCGCAAACAACGGUCCAAAAGAGGUCCCCGUCCAGGGACUGUAUCAAUAUGGUAUAUUCAGCACAUUUUUUGCUGGGAAUGAGGUUCCAGGGCGGUUCAGUUAUAAAAGUACCAAGUCCUCUAUAUUAUUUAUGGUCCCUUUACUACCUGCUAGUCACAGAAUUCGAGGCUUGAACAUCUUUGCUACCUAUGCAAAGAAUUGUGAUCUUUUUUUUACAAUACUGACUAAAGUGUGUAACAAGAGCAAGGGUCUGAAGUGGAUCUAUCGCCCAGAUUUCUAUGGAAUUCCAGGAGAUGGAGAAGAUAUGAUAUGGUUGAGCCAUUGGAAGAUGGAGAACAAAACAAUAUUACAAUGUGGAGAUCAAGUGGUGGUUUCUGUAGUGGCCGAGUUGAUUCAGAUAAAGGAGUUUGGUGUCGAGCUUGUGCAAGAACACCAGAAUAAUAUAAUGAUAAGUACCCAACACAACACCAAAUCAGAUCCUAAUUAUCCAUGUGUCAUCGGUGGAGAUUUGUCCAUGUGGGAGCAUAUACCAGGAAUAUACUUCCUUGGUUACCAAAAAGACUCUGUUGAACAGACUAUGAAAUUUGCGUGGAGUAUUUUGUAUCACCUUAUCAUGGACACUGAUGAAGAAGACACAGACAAAGAAGAAGGGCAAGAGGAGGAACCUGAUUACACAAUUGGAAGGACGAGGGAUGCCAGUAGCAAUUGCGGCCUCAGAGGCUGGAAGGUGCUCCUCACAGCUUCCGGCUUAUUUUUCACGCUUGCCCUAGUAGUUCGGUCCUCUAUCUCCCAGAAAAAGAAGCGACAGUAGUCCACAAGAAAUCCAUGAGUUUGUAAUUUUACUUGAUACAGACAUCUUUGGAUUCCCUCCUUGUGUUUAAAUUACUAAAUGAUAAAAACCAAUCUUGUUAUGAUGUUAAAAAUAUGAAGCACAAAUGUAUCUGAGCGUGCGCGUGAGACCUUGGGAACUCUGAAAUUUUCAGUUUUUCAAUUUAGAUAUAAGAGUUAAUGUCU